AUGUCGACGCAGUCCAUUUCGCCGGCCUCCGCCGCCGCGCAGUUCACCUACCCCGCUGCGGCGGCGGCCGCGGUCACGGCCCCGUCCUACUUCCCCGUGCCCUUCCACCUCCAGAACGCGCAGUACGCCGCAUGGCCAGCGGGGACCGCAGCCGCGCCGGCGGUGGCGCCGGUGCCUGCGUACAACGCCAUCUACCCCAUGCCCCAAAUCCAGCAGGCCCAACAGUUGUUCCAAAAGGACUCGAACAUAAUUACUCCUGAAGCUCUAGCUACUGUUAAGGCUGCUAUUGCGAAUAGUGUGAAAGAUAAGAAGGUUGGAGCAACAAAAAAGGCAGUGCCUCGAAAGGCAGCUGGGCAAAGUUGGGAGGACCCUACCUUGGCUGAUUGGCCUGAAAAUGAUUUUCGUUUGUUCUGUGGUGAUCUUGGAAAUGAAGUGAAUGAUGAUGUUCUUGCAAAGGCAUUCUCAAAAUAUCCAUCCUUCAAUAUGGCCAGGGUUAUACGGGACAAGUGGACUGGUAAAACUAAAGGAUAUGGUUUUGUUAGUUUUGCUAAUGCAUCUGAUCUUACUUCAGCCUUGAAGGAGAUGAAUGGUAAAUAUGUCGGAAACCGGCCAAUCAAAUUACGGAAGAGCACAUGGAAGAACAGGAUAGAUUUUGAAGCUUUGGAGAAGGGAAAGACUGAACCACAGAAGAAAAUCAAACUGCAGAAAAGAAGUGUUCUUCACAAGUGA